AUGGUUGUGGACCUCAGGAAGAUACCAACUGACUCUACAAUUAACACCGGGUGUGGAGAGCCAGAGCAUCCUAAGAGGUAUGCUACAGUGCGGCCACGGACUGGAACCACGGUGAUUGAGUGGAUGACGACCUCUUCACUGGAGUCUCGAGUCAAGGAAGACUGUGUGACUCAAGCCAGGAUCACCAUAAGGAACUAUAAGAUCAAAGCGUGUGGAGGCAAUCUUAGUGGUGGUGGGACAGGCUUGGGCAUGCAGGACAAAGGCUGUGACGUAUAUGUUAACAGA